UGUUAUUUUUGAGAGAAAAUGUUUCAAAAUGAUUUAAAAUCAUUGUGAAUAAUAGAAUCACAAUUCAAAUAUUGUUAUUUUUUACUUUUAGAAAAAAUGUAUUUGAAUUUUUAUUUUAUUGUUGAGAAUACACUUGUGACUAAAUGGAAAUUUUUUGCUCAUUGUUUUUCAAGGAUUAUUAAGGAGGUUUAACAGUUGACCAAAAGUGAAUUGUGCUUUAAUGAGAAUAAUCAAUAAUAUUUCUUUUUUAAUAGUUGAAAGAAGAAGAAGAUAUAAUAUUAACUACCGAAUCAAGGAGCUUGGUACUCUUAUUCCGAAGUCUAAUGAUCCUGAUAUGCGCUGGAACAAAGGAACCAUUCUAAAAGCAUCAGUGGAGUACAUCAAGUGGCUACAAAAAGAACAACAGAGAGCUCAAGAAUUAGAACACAGACAGAAGAAAUUAGAGCAGGCUAACAGGCGCCUUCUACUCCGCAUUCAGGAACUAGAAAUACAGGCUCGUGCUCAUGGCCUGCCAACCCUGGCUUCACUUGUCACAGUUGAUUUAGGUGCUCACAUCACCAAACAACAGACCCAUCUAGAGCAGAAUUCAGGAGACUAUUGCCAACAGUUGGUUCUGUCUCAGGGGACAAGCCCUGAGCUCUGUGAUCAAGCUAUGGCCUUCUCUGAUCCUUUGUCGCACUUCACGGAUUUAUCAUUUAGUGCAGCUUUGAAAGAGGAACAGAGGUUGGAUAACGUACUACUGGAUGACACAGUAUCUCCGUUUGGAACAGACCCUCUGCUAUCUGCCACUUCUCCUGCGGUUUCUAAAGAGAGCAGUAGAAGAAGUAGCUUUAGCUCAGAAGAUGGUGAUGAGUUAUAAAAAAAAAAUAAACAGGCUCAACUGAUCAACUGGGAAGAAAUUUUGUGCUGGUGCUAUGCAAUUACAUUCUUGUUUCAUACAUUUCUCUCACUUAAUUUUUCUGAAAGGAAUAUAUUGGUCAUGAAACACUGAUUGGUUAGAAACAGCAGAAUUUACAGGAAGAACAAACACAGUGUUGAAUUAUUAACAGAAAAAAAGGUUUUUUUUUCCUCUUUGACCACUAAGUCCAAAUCUACUUGAAUUUUGUUUUUCUGGAAAGAGGCACAACAUGAGAAAUAGCUGUCUACUGAUGUUUUAAAAGUAGUCACUUGAUGAUGAGCUAUUGGAACUAAGAGACUGCAAGAAUAAACCUGAAACAUA